AUGCGUUUCACCUCCAUCAUCGUCACCGGCGCCUUCGCCGUCCUGGCCGCCGCCCAGUCUACCACUACCACCUCCGCUUCCGCUGCCUCCUCCGCCCAGGCUGUCAUCGAGAAGUGCCUGUCUGGCUGCCCCGCCACCGACGUCAACUGCCAGGCCAAGUGUAUCUCUGUCCCCAACCCCAACGAGGACCAGGUCAACAAGACUACCGCCUGCGUCGCCAAGUGUGAUCAGGGUGACGGGAGUGCUGCCGCCACGGAUCGCUACGCUGCUUGUACGCAGAAAUGCAUCACUGAGAACUACUUCAGCAGCGGUGCUACCCCCGCUGCCACCGCUGGAUCUGGAUCCGGCUCUGGCUCAAGCGGUAGCGCGACAGCUGCCACUGCUACCGGUUCCGCCGCCACCGGCUCUGCCUCUGGCACUGCCACUCGCGCCUCCGGCUCAUCUGCUGCCUCUGGCACCGGGGCUGCUUCCAGCUCAUCUUCCACCGCCAACGCUGCUGCCCCCGCUCUGGUCGGCUCUGCUUCAUUCGGUGUCGUUGGUCUUAUUGGCGCCGCUCUCCUGAUCUAA